AUGGCUGCCUGGCAACACAUGGCCACUGCCAUGAUGGCAGACGGCCAGCAGGAUCAGAGCGGAGGCACAGGACAAGGCUUUGGUAGGGUGGUGCUGAUCGUGACUGGAGUCUUUGCACUCAGCGCCAUCAUCCUCACCUUUGGAUCGAUCUUCCUCCAAGCCAAAAACUACCGCAAACCGCUGCUCCAACGACAUGUCAUCCGCAUCGUCAUUCUGGUUCCCAUCUUCUCCGCCGCCUCCUGGGCAUCCCUCACCUCGCUCCGUGUCGCCUUCUGGAUCGAUCCUCUCCGCGAUGUCUACGAAGCCUUCACUAUCUACACCUUCUUUCAGAUCCUCGUCAACUUCCUAGGUGGCGAGCGAUCUUUGAUCAUCAUGAUGCAUGGGCGAGCACCGGUCAACCACCUAUGGCCGGUGAACCACUUGUUUGGGAAAGUGGACAUAAGCGACCCGCACACAUUCUUACAGAUCAAGAGAGGAAUAUUGCAAUAUGCAUGGAUCAAGCCAGUUCUGGCAAUCGUGACGAUAGCGUGCAAAGCCACAGGGACGUUCAGGGAGGGAAUCAUUGCAGUCAAUUCAGGAUACUUCUGGACGGGCCUGAUCUACAACGUCAGCAUUUGCUGGUCUCUAUAUGACCUGGCCUUGUUCUGGGUCUGUAUGAGCGACGAUCUGCAGCCAUUCAGGCCGAUGCCCAAAUUCUUGUGCAUCAAAGGCAUAAUCUUUGCCUCGUGGUGGCAAGGCUUCUUGCUUUCGAUACUGGUCUGGAUUGGCUUAAUCCCAAGUCUGCCGCAAGGAGGAUAUACUGCAGACAAUCUGGCAGCGGCUAUUCAAGAUGCGCUCAUCUGCUUCGAGAUGCCUUUCUUUGCCAUUUGGCACUGGUAUGCUUUCAGCUGGAAGGACUAUGCGGACAGGACUAUUAGCGAUGCCAGGAUGCCGAUCAGAUUUGCACUAAGAGAUGCGUUUGGGCCACGAGAUCUUAUCGAAGAUUGCAAAGAGACCUUCUCUGGCAAGAAGUACGAGUACAGAUAUUUCGAUGCUGAAGACAACGUCAUGGCGCAUGAAGACUCGUCAAGUAGGCAGGCACGGAUGGCGGAGGGCAUGCGUUACGAAAGGAAUGGCAGAGGAAAGUACUGGGUGCCUUCACCCACAGAGCAUAGACAACCACUUCUUGGUCGAUUCAGCAACGCAAGAACAAUGAGCCCAGGAGGCGGCAAGGACAGAUCGACAAGUCGCAGCAAAGACUACGGCACGAAUCACGAGCCCGACGAGCCAGAACUUGAUACAGAAGAAGAACGCCUUUACCAGAACGCACGUGCUCUUGAGUUUGGUGAUUGGAACUACCCUGUCAUCAACACGCACUAUGCCACACGAGAGGAUCGACUAGCCGACCCAAACACCAUCUCACAGACAACAAAUAGAAGACUGCUGCAGCCCACGUCUGAUCAGAGGCAAAAACGGAAGAGCAGAAUCGCAGAUAUCAAGAAAAAUGUGCAUCAGCACGACCGGCCAGAGACAUCCUCUAGUGGCAGUGGCGAAGGCAGUUCUGAAGGUGGCAUUGUAUCGAAAGGAAAGGAGAAGCUGUCGAAAGCUCCGGUUGUGGGUAACCUCGUCCGCUCUGAAUCCGACGAUUCGCAAGCCUCAAAGAAGAGCCAUAGCUCACAGCUCGUGGAUCUGGUCGUCGAAGACCACCAAGCAGAAGAGGUCGAACGUGUCCGAGCCAGAAAGGAGGGUGGACCUGGCUGGAACAGCAUCGAGCAGAAGCACUUUGUCAAGACGUACCCCAACGAGCAAGAGGCUGAAGAGGUCCGCCAAGGCUUCAAUCCUGAUGAACCUGAAAGGAAGAUUCAGGAUCAGAACCACACACUCACAGACCCUUUCACGGAAGGUGACGGCCAAGAUGAACCACCCAUGGCCGUAUCAGAUACCCCUGGUCGUGAUCAGACUGGUCAUGAGCAACCGUGGGAGGAAAGGACCUACGAUGGAUCUGACGAUGCGCAAAGGAAGGACGUGCCCAGUCCCGACUUUGAGGACGAAAGGAAUGCUUGGGGUGGCGAUAGGUAG